GUUCAAAUGCGAUCUCUACUGUGUACACUACAACAUACUGUUAAAUGAUGGUAAAUCCGUUACAAAAAUGAGUUUUUUCGCUGGUUCGGGUUUCGUGUAUUCCGGCAACGUGAAUUUAAAACACGAGGAAGACAAGAUACAAGUGAAAUUAUUCCAAAGUUCUAUCCGGACCUUACCCAGGGAUUUGGAAGGUGGCAAUCAAAAUAAGUUCGGCGUUCUGGCCAGGACAAAGAGAAGCAAAAACAGAAAAAUCAAUCUAGACUUUCAGUCGGUUUGGUAUGACGGAGUUGUUGAAGAAGCCGGUGAAGACAAUUCGAGUCAGUCAGCUGGAUACGGUUUGAGGAAGGCAUCUAGCUUGGAUAGUUUACUAGAAUCUAGUAGUCCAAGGAGUAGAGGCAGGCAGGUUACGAAAGAUAUGAUUUCUGGUCCCAGAAGUCCCAGAAAAAUUAUAAACUGGAACAAUGUAGUGAGUGGGAUUCAGGCGGUAACGGAAUUGAAUUCUUCCGAAGAAACGGUAAACGAGACAGAUUCCGACAAAGAGGCUUCCGGUGAUAAUACUCAAGCUUCUGAGGACAUUGAAACUACUCCCAUUCGCAAUGUUGGCGAACACCAAGACAAUAGUUCAGUUACAGCUGAUGUAGUUAAUGUUAGUGAUAUCUGCGAAGACUUUGACAGUAACACCAAAGAAGAUAUUAUUCUGAGAAGGAAACAGCCAAAUAAUAUUACUGAAAAAAGCACUGGAACCGACUCUACCGACAAAAAUGAAUCAAGAACGAGGGUUGAAGAUGACUGCACGGAUCAUAUCCAGUCAAACAUCCAUUCAGAGGAGUUUUAUGAGGCUAAAACACUCGACAGAUAUAAGAGAAGAAAUAUACUCAAAACACAGUUGUCGCUUUCGCCUGAAACUGAAAAGAGUGUUAUGAAAAGUUCCAUUGGAAUUUCGGCUGAGAGUGAUUCAGAUGAUUCGAGUGCUGAAUCAUUAAUUGGCGCCGAAAAGACUAGAGGAAAUGUUGAGCUAAUACCAGUCAACAAGGAAGGCGAACUAACCGACAUCAUGGCAAAAGAAAUGAUGAAAAUUUACCAAAAUCAAGAUAACAGUAGAAACAAUUUGGAUAUAAGUAAUGUUGACGCUACUCAAAACGAAUAUAUUUCUAAUGACCUGAAUGACAGUACGUAUAAACCAACUUAUGAAAUCAUCACUGCUGAAGAUGAAUCGAAGGAACCGCAAGGAAUUUCUGUGGAUUUGGAUCAUCCAAAAAAAUCUGGUGAUGAAGUCGACUCGGGGAUCCGUUCCAUUUUCGCAAAGGACAUCAAUUGGGAAAUGGAAUCUGAUUCUCCUUUCGCGGUUAGAACACUCGACAGGUAUCCGAAGAAAAUUAUGCCACAACCACAGUUUUCCAUUCCGACACCUGACCUCCAAACUAUUGACUUCAAUCUGGAAAGGAGAGGCAAAGGAAAAUUUAGGCGGAAACCUAUCAGAAAACAGGACAUUUCAUCGCCAAUUAAUUUCAGACAUAUUGGCCAUGUUGGGGUAGAGUUGAAACCUACAAAUUUAUCCCACAUGAGGUUUUUAUCCAGGUCAACAGAAGUUCUGAGAAACCUUCAGAUGACCAAAGAUGAACCGCUUCCACGUGGUGUCGGGCCAUUUCCUAGGGCGGAUGAUACUCAUUUUCUCUCUGCCGAUGUUCAAAUCAGAUCGAAUCGUAAUGGAAGUACUCAAAGACAGUCCAAAACAAUGGAUUUCGAUGUUCCCCGAAGAUCUCCAAGUAAAUCUCAAGAGUUUGACGUUAAGGGAGUUACAAAGGUUCACUUACCAUCAUCGAAUAUCCAAUUGAAACUGGAUAAGAAUGAGUAUAUCAAAUACCAGAAUAAUACCAUUUUCAUUGCCAACGAUUCUCUAGGAAAGUUGGAACCACUGAAAUCUUCGGUCAUCCUGAAAUCGAUGAAGAGUUUGAACAAAAGAGAAGUUGAGUUACGAGAUUCCAACAAUCAAGUAUAUCUCCUCAUCUUCGACUCAUCAAAGGAUUCGAAACAUUUCAUGGAAAAUGAAAAAGUCAGUAACCUUUUAGACAACAAAACCACUUUGUCUAAGACACUCUUGCGUCUGCUAGGAAAACGAUCCAGCCGUGAGGUGCUGGAGAAGAAAGGGAUCUACCAGAACGAGCCUAUUUUCGGCAACACACUGAGGAAUAUAUUCAGUUUAGGAAAUGAAGUGCCUACAUUCAUAACGAAAACCAUGGAACUCAUAGAGAGUGACGAGAACGUUACGAGUUUGGGUCUGUACAGAACUUGUGGAAAUCUGGCUACAAUCCAGAAAAUUCGGUUGGAGGUAGAUAAAGGAAAUUUGAACAUUUUGGAUGCGUAUUCCAAAGAUCCGGAUGUACUCACUGGGGCUUUGAAGCUGUUUUUCAGAGAGUUGAAAGAGCCUCUAAUGUCUUGCCAGACUUGUGAUAAUCUGUUGGGAAUAAUGAGAAAUGACAAAAAUUAUUCAAGUAAAGAGAAGUUGAUGAUUCGGACCAUUUUGAGCCACCUACCUGAAGCCAACUCGGCCACUCUCUCCGUAUUGUUGAAACAUCUCGUGGAAGUAGUCAAGUACAAGGAUCAAAAUAAAAUGGACUCUUACAACUUAGCCACCUGUUGGGGGCCUACCGUAAUAUUCGCUACCGAAUUCUCGGACAGCGCAAAGGACCUCGUUACCCAGUCAGCGGAAGCGACGAGACUAUUCGAUUCUUUAUUGACGUAUUACACAAUGUAUCCGGAAGAACUGGAUUUUCAAAAGAGAAAACAUGAUUUUUUGGAUUCCAACAAGAGUAUGUUGCAACGGGAAGACUCUAAAGACAGCAUUCACAGUUCGGACAGCAACGGCUCUAAGCUACAAAAGAAAAGUAAGAGUUUUGAAUUAUUGAUUUGUUUCGAGCAAGAGGUUACACGUUGA